AUGAUGAAGAUGAAUUCGCUUCUGCAACGAGGCCUCAAAAUUGUUGAGGAUAACGUUCUGCUGAAGAUCAUCCAAUCCGAAAUUCGUCACGAAAUCUCCACCCCUCGCUUCCAGAACGUUGAGACUGGUAAUAUCGGAGAUUUCAAAUUGGAUUGGGAAUCUUCGGAAAGCAAAGACAUUGUUCUGAGGAGACGAUUUGAUUCAGGGGAAGAGGUUGUGGUGUCAGCUUUACUGGAAAAGGAACCAAUAGAAGGUGAAGACACAAUGUUUCCAAGGUCCGCUCUGGCCAAAGUGUGUAUCAGAAAGCCUGGACUCAGCUCGAUCUUGCAGUUUGAUUGCCACGUUAACGAAACCGGACCUAGAUGCUCUGAUUUCGACAUCGCGGGAGCUUGUUUUAUCCGCUCUGCCUCCUCCUCUGCGCGUUCUUCGACUUACGGUGGACACUUUUUCGAGACAAUAGAUAUGAAACUACAUGGUGCAAUGAAGGAAUACUUAAGAUCCAAGGGAGUCAGUGAAGGCUUAACCAAUUUCCUCUUGUGUCAUCUUAACAAGAAGGAGCAGGAUCAGUACGUUAACUGGUUACGCAGGCUUGAAUCAACGAUGUCACACGAUCUCUGA